AUGGAGAAUGAUGUAGCUAUAGAGGUUGAAGCAAUGCUGGAGAAGGCACAACCUCUGUUUACAACCAAAUGCUGCUGCAUCUACAAGGUGCCUCAUGAAAUCCGCCGGUUAAACGAAGAUGCAUACAUCCCCGUGAUUGUUUCUAUUGGGCCUCUUCAUCAUCACGGGAAUUCCAGGCUGGUAACCAUGGAAGGGCACAAACAGUUUUAUUGUCAACAUUUCAUUCAAAGAUCGGAGGCAAGUUUGUCCGAUUUGGUGAGUUGCCUGCAACAAUUGGAACCACAAAUUCGUGCAUGUUACUCGGAGAAAAUCGAGCUCACAGUAGAUGGAUUGGUGAAGGUGAUAUUCAUAGAUUGUUGUUUCGUAAUUGAGCUUUUCCUUAGAAAUUAUGAGGGGACGACAGAGGAUGAUCUUAUCUUCUCAAAACAGUGGGUUUGGGAUCUGGUAAGCGGUGAUUUGAUAUUAAUUGAGAAUCAGGUUCCUUUGUUUGUUGUUGAGAAAAUAUACAAUCUAGCUUUUGCUUCUCGCUUACAUGGUGGUGGAUUCCCUAUAUUUAUGCGGCUUGCUAGUAAAAGACCUUUAAGAAACCGUGGACCCUUAGUCCUUGUUGGUCACACUGCAUUUGAGUUAGUUCAAGCAGGACUGAAGUUCCAAGUAAAUAAAUCAAGUCAUUGCAUACUUGACUUGGAAUUUGAGCAUGGUAUCCUUAAAAUCCCACACAUUAUAGUAGAUGAUUUCACUGAAGUUUUGUUGAGGAACAUUGUGGCUUUGGAGCAGUGUCACUAUCCUCGACAUCACUACAUCACUGACUACGUUUACUUCCUUGCUCAACUUGUCAACUCAAAUAAGGAUGCGAAUGUCCUCAUCAAAGCUGGAAUAAUUGAGAGUAUGGUGUGUGGUAAUGACACUUCAGUGGCUAAGCUAUUCACCGAUGUUGAUAAAAAUAUUCUAGUGGGAAAUCAUAAUGCCAAUUAUCUCCAAAUUUGCAAUGACUUGAAUGCUUUUUACGAACAUCCCUGCCGCACUAAAAUAGCAACUCUGAGACGCGAUUAUUUCACCACUCCAUGGAAGACAGCAACUUCUAUUGCUGGAAUUGUAUUGCUCCUUCUUACUGUUAUUCAGACUGUAUGUUCCAUUCUCCAGCUUCGUUCUUAA